AUGUCUCCCCCGCCCUAUGUGCCUGAGGAAGAAAGUGGAAGGACAACCCCGCCAGUGACGCAGUCGCAGGCGCAGAAAAAGCAGGCUGAGGAAGAAGCUGCAGGAGAGGAGGAGAUUCAGAUGCCACCAUUAGAAGGAGAGGCCACUAAUACUUGCCCCUUAAGGGAGACCGUGGACCCUAGAACAGGAGCAACCCAGCUAAUUUAUCAACCAUUCACCACCACUGAUUUAUACAAUUGGAAGACCCAGACCCCUUCAUUCUCGGAACAGCCUGAGCCAGUGACCACCUUAUUUGGGUCAAUCAUUAAUAGCCACCAGCCAUCCUGGCAGGACUGCAAUCAGCUCCUGAUCAUAUUCUUUAAUACUGAGGAGCGUAAGCGUAUAAUUCAGGGGGCAAAGAAAUGGUUGUUAACUUUUAAAAAGGAUGGUGAAGAUGAUGAAACAAUAUUAAAGGCUGCUUUCCCAGUAGAAGAUCCAGUGUGGGAACCAAAUAAUAAGGACCAUAAGGAUAGAUUGGCUAUAUACCAACAGGCUAUACUGAAAGGAAUACAGGCGGCAGGGAAGAAAGCAACAGAUAUGCGUAAGAUACAGGAAUGCCAUCAAAAACCUAAUGAGCCUCCCGGGGCAUUUUUAGAGAGAAUUUACGAAACUUACCAGCAAUACACGCCAUUUGACCCAGAGGCAGAGGAGAAUAAACGGAUGGUUCUUACCACCUUUGUCAGCCUGGCAGCAGGGGAUAUAAGAAGGAAACUACAGAAGCAAGAUGGCUUCCUAGGCAUGAAUAUAGAGCAGAUCCUGGAGAUAGCACAUAAGACUUUUAUUAACAGGGAACAGGAAGAAAGGAGGCAAAGUGAGAGGAAGAUGAAGAAGAAAGCAGAGUUGUUAGCAGAGCCCAUGGUCGAAAUUUCUGUAGGCGGCCAAAACAUAUCUUUCCUGGUAGAUACAGGGGCCGAACAUUCAGUUGUAACACAGCCAGUGGCCCCAAUCACAGGAAAAACAAUAGUUGUAAGGGGGGCAAUAGGGGCUAGCUAGAGACAACCUUUCCUGGCUGCCCGGACUUGUAAUCUUGGCUCACAUGUUGUGCACCACCAGUUUUUAUAUGUGCCCCAGUGCCCUGUCCCAUUGCUAGGCCGAGACCUGCUGUCUAAAUUGCGGGCUACCAUUUCAUUUGAAAAACCAGAAGAUGUGACCCUAGGAAUCAGCUCGCCUGCUAUGAGUUCCAUAGAUACAGGAGCAUACGUAUUAGAGUGCCCUCUAGAGGAAGAAUGGAGGCUCUACCAGCUUAGGGGCAGUGAACAAUCACCUUCACUCUCACAGGAAUGGAAUCGAUUUCCAGGGGUCUGGGCAGAAGACAAUCCUCCAGGAUUGGCAAGGCUCCAUACCCCUAUAGUAGUCCAGAAAGAACCUGGAGCCCAACCCAUCCAUAUAAGACAAUAUCGUCUUCCUACUGCAGCAAUACAGGGCAUACAGAAACAUCUAGACCACCUCCUCAAGUAUGGCAUCCUAAAGGAGUGUCAGUCUCCCUGGAACACCCCCUUGCUGCCAGUCCAGAAGCCAGGAGGGGAUUAUAGGCCAGUGCAAGAUCUGCGGGCAGUUAACCAACGAACUGUAACAAUCCACCCUACGGUGCCUAACCCCUACACUUUGUUAGGCCUUGUCCUGCAGAGGGCGAGCUACUUUAGUGUUUUGGACCUCAAAGACGCAUUUUUCUGUCUGAGGCUCGCCCCUGUUAGCCAGCCCCUUUUUGCCUUCCAAUGGGAAGAUCAGCAUACAGGUCGUAAGUUACAGUAUACCUGGACAAGGCUUCCCCAAGGCUUCAAGAAUAGCCCUGUGUUGUUUGGCCAAGCAUUGGCCCAAGACUUAGCUCAUUUUCCCCUUUACCCUGAACAAGGGGUGUUGCUGCAAUACGUUGAUGACUUGAUGGUGGUAGAAGUGGGAUGGGAGGCAUGCUAUGAAGCUACCCAGAAGUUAUUUGAAGUCCUCCAUGAGGCAGGCUAUAAAGUGUCUCAGAAGAAAGCCCAGUUAUGUCAGCCCCAAGUAAAGUAUUUAGGCUUUGAAAUAUCAGAAGGAACCAGAUCCCUGGGACAUGAGCGUAAGGAAGCUGUUUGUUCCAUUCCAGAACCCAAGUCCCGUAGGUGUGUGAGGGAGUUCCUAGGAUCUGCAGGUUAUUGUCGGAUAUGGAUUCCUAAUUUUGCUGAGAUAGCACGACCACUAUAUGAAGCCACAAAGGGGGGAGAACACGACCCAUUCUUAUGGGGAGAAGAGCAGAGGCAAGCUUUCAGAACUUUAAAGCAACAACUAUUAGAGGCCCCAGCUCUUGGUCUGCCAGAUCUUAUGAAGCCUUUCUGUCUUUUUGUGCAUGAGCGAAACGGCACUGCAGCAGGAGUAUUAACUCAGAGUUUGGGAAAUUGGGAACGACCUGUAGCCUACCUGUCAAAACAGUUGGAUGUUGUGGCAAAAGGCUGGCCAGGCUGCCUCCGUGCAGUAGCAGCCACAGCAGAGCUAGUUAAAGAUUCACAGAAGCUUACCUUAGGACAGAAGGUCUGUGUUAAGGUUCCCCAUUCAGUACUUGCCUUGAUGGACUAUAGGGGGAGCUAUUGGUUCACAAAUGUUCGCAUGACUCGAUAUCAGGGGCUUUUGUGCGAGAACCCACAGGUUGAGAUCGGGGUGAUUAGUGCCCUUAACCCAGCGUCACUACUCCCUGUUAGUGAUGAAUGUCCAGAACAUGACUGUCUCCAGACUAUGGACGAAGUAUAUUCUAGUCGGAAGGACUUGACUGAUGUUCCCAUGCCAAACGCAGAUAUAGAUUAUUUUACUGAUGGCAGCAGUUUUGUUGACCAGGGAAUAAGACGUGCGGGGUAUGCUGUUGUCACUCAUGUGAAAGUCAUUGAGGCCAAGCCCCUACCUGCUAAUACCUCUGCCCAAAAGGCGGAACUCAUUGCCUUAACAAGGGCCCUUCAACUGGCCGAAGGAUUAAAGGUUAAUGUCUGGACUGACUCAAAAUACGCUUUCCUUACUCUGCAUGCUCAUGGAGCACUAUAUAAAGAGAAAGGCCUUAUCACUGCCUCUGGGAAGGGAAUUAAGAAUGGCCCUGAAAUUCUGCAGUUGCUUCAGGCUGUCCAUGCCCCACUGAAAGUAGCAGUGAUGCAUUGUCGGACACACCAGAAACCAUUAAGUCCUGUAGCUAGGGGAAACCGGCGGGCAGAUGAGGCUGCAAAGGCGGCCGCUAGGGAAGAAUAUUUGCAACCGUCUCCUCUUCAAUGCCCUGUAUUUCAAGUCCGAGUGUCCGAAUGGACCCCUAAAUACUCUCAAGAGGAGGAAGAUUGGGCCAGUACACAGAAUGUCCAGCGACAACAUGGAUGGCUCCAGUUCCCUGAUGGGAGGCUCUUUGUACCAGAGUCAGUUGCUCAUGCUAUAGUGCGGAUUGCCCAUGAAGCCACACAUUAUGGAAAAUCUGUGUUAGCUGAACUGUUAAACAGGGACUUGUACAUCGCUAAGUUGCAUGGACUGUGUGCGGCAGUGUCUAGAAGUUGCGUUGUCUGUGCCAGAAAUAACCCCCGACAAGGGCCAGGUCCUCCUCCUGGUUUCCAGCCCCCUGGGUCUCUGCCGUUUCAAUCGCUGGUAGUAGAUUUCACUGAAUUACCACUGUGCCAGGUCUUUCGAUAUCUGUUGGUGUUCGUAGAUUCCUAUUCUGGGUGGGUAGAAGCAUUUCCCACAAAGACUGAGAAGGCAGGGGAAGUUAUCAGGUGCCUGAUUCAGGAAAUUAUUUGUAGGUGGGGCCUGCCAGCCAUAAUCGGGAGUGACAACGGCCCAAGUUUUAUUGACAAAAUAGUCCAAGGUGUGUCUAGGUUGUUAGGAAUCCGAUGGAAGUUGCACACAGCAUACAGACCUCAAAGUAGUGGUCAAGUGGAAAGAAUGAAUAGGACCCUUAAAACUCAAUUAGCAAAAGUCUGUCAGGAAACUGGUCUGCAGUGGCCACAGGCCCUGCCCAUAGUUCUUUUUCAAGUCCGUUGCCAGCCAAAUAAGCGUACAAAACUGUCCCCAUUUGAACUGAUGUUUGGCAGGCCAGCCCCUAUUUUGUAAGGUAUAACUGGAGACCCCUGUCAGCUAGGAGAUUUGGUGCUCAGGGAACAAGUUAUGGCACUGGGUAAAACGUUACAGCAAUUACGGAAGUAUGUAGGGGAACAACAGCCCCUCCCUGUGUUUAACCCAGUGCAUAAGUAUCAACCAGGGGAUGAGGUUUGGGUGAAAGACUGGCGUGUAACUCCCCUGGGGCCUAAAUGGAGGGGUCCAUAUGUUGUUUUACUAGCCACCCCCACAGCAGUCAAGGUAGAAGGCAUUGCAGCAUGGGUUCACUGGACUAAUGUUAAACCAGCUGCUGUGCCUUGGGUUUCAGAGGCUCAUCCAGAUGAUCCUCUUCGCCUCCACCUGAAGAGAAUACCCUCUGGAUCCAGGCCUACUGGGAACAGCUAG